AUGAUGGCUUUUAAGCUGUUAAUAUCAUUGCCCAUUUCAUUGCACAUAGCGAAGGACCACGAAAGUCCUCCUUUUGUUUUGAUUUUCCUGGCUUCAAAGGCAGUAAGAUCGGCACAGGUGUAUUUGGUUGGUUUGUUACAUACACAACAUAUAACAAUCUUGUGCUCUUCAUCAAAGGUAUUGCAACCACAUGAACAUUUAAUGGCCAUGUCUGCGAGAAUAUUUAUAGUCUGGCAACACUGCGUAACUAGCGGUGUGAUGGAUAACCGAAUUAGAGGGAUGGAAGCUUUGGAAACUUGCAUAAGCUACUGGGAGGAUGCUUUAGCAGCAUAUCGUGUAAGAGAUGGUAUUGGGCUCCCUGCCAUGUUGGGUCCUGAGGAAGCGGGUUUUUGUAAGGAUUUGCAGCAGUUACUCGAAUAUGCAAUUGAAUUGCAAGAAAAUUCCGAAAUGCUGUUUCUUGAUGAACGAUCUGUUUUGUUUCGUCGCGAAGGAUGGAGAAAUGAUGGACUUGAUGCUGAUAUAAUGCCACCAAAAACUACACAAAAUGAGAAGAAAAUUGAUGUUAAAUCUAUUGUGAAAAAAGGUAUUACAGGGUUAUUAAGUGAAGAAAAUUCCAUUGGUAAAAUUAUCGAGGUCAGUGAUACACUUCAACAAAAAAUAUCAGAGUUGGAAAACGAUGUAAAAACCAAUAGAAACAAAACAGCUGAUCUCGAAAAUAAAGUGGCAGAUUUACGCGAAUUUGAAGAAUUUGGAGAUUAUUUUCCAGAUUUGGAAUCAUAUCCAUUAUAUCAAGCGGCACUUCAUCAACUGGAAAAUGGAGGCAUCCCUUGUAGAACACUUAGAACAGAUAUGGUUAAAUGUGGUUCAGAUGGUGAAUAUUUAGCUAAACUACAUUGUUUAAGACUAGCCUUUCAACAUCUUUUAAGAGAUCAUGUUAACUAUGUAUGGUUUGCUGAUGCUGGUCGCCAAAUUUUAGCUGAUUUGUUGUUGUAUGCGGACAAGGACCCUAAGGACUUCUUAAUGGGCUACGAAGAAAUGCUUAAUUAUAUCCAAGAGGCAAGUAAUUGGAGAGAAUUAGAAGAAGAACUAAGUACAAAGGGUGUAAAAGCUUUAACUUUUUAUGAUGUGGUCCUAGAUUACAUAUUAAUGGAUGCUUUUGAAGACUUAGAUAGUCCACCAUCAAGCGUAACAGCGGUCAUCCAAAAUCGAUGGCUCUCAAACGGAUUUAAAGAAACUGCCCUUACCACUGCAGUAUGGUCUGUUCUCAAGGCCAAAAGAAGAAAAUUAAAAUUUCCCACAGGAUUCAUGGCACAUUUUUAUACAAUUUCUGAACAACUAUCUCCAUUACUGGCAUGGGGAUUUCUAGGCUCAGAUGAACUUUUAAGAGAUACAUGUGUUCAUUUUAAAGAACAAGUAAUGGGAUUUUUAGCUGAUAUUUUUAACUUUCAAAAAUGUAAAUACACUACCGUAGAAGAUUUAGCAGUUGAUGUAAUAAAAAACCUUAAAUUAAGAGUUGAAAAUAUUUGCCAAAGACUAAGCCCACAAUCUUAA